AUGGUGUGCAUCCUCAAGUUCGCGGUGUACGUUCUAAUGUCAAGCUCUAACAGAAAGGAGGUAUGGCUCUAUUUGCUCGGAGUUCUUUCUGCGGACAAAAGUAAGUAUGACAACAUAACAUUAGGUCAGGAAAUGACAGCAGUUCGCAGCAAGUUCCUGGAAUACGAAAGCGUAAGCAAACGCAUACCUCUGCUCGAGAAACAAAUUCGGACAGAAGUUCUGUGGUAUUUUAGGCAAAGGAUGAGUUCUCAUUCGUUAAAGAUCCGGAGAGAUGCUACUUCAGCAUUCCGCAACUCGCGUAAUACCUCGACAAACGAGAGUGCGGGUAUUACUGAUACGACAGAUUCAGUACAUGGGCAAAUGCAGGACAUGGAUACCUUAGAAAUCCCCCGCAUUCUACCCUCUACUCAAUAUGGACUAGCGACUAUGCGGUUUAAUCCAAGUGUGAAUGACUCAGAAGUUAUUGAUGGUCAACGAAAAAUGGCUCAGAGUGUCGAAAACGUUAUGUGUGCCUACCUAAAUCGCCAUCUUGUUUCUUCAAGAAAGAAAGAUGUUCCUGGUUCAUAUGCUUAUGCUGCAAAGCAAGCUUCGAUCAAAUCCCAGGCCGCGGCUGAAUAUCCAUGGGGGCCAAAUACGGCUUCUACCAUGGCCGCCAAUGAGACAAUAAACUUGGCCGAAUUUCAUCCAUCUCUUGUAUAUUUAUGCGCUCCAUUUGCACAGUGUGUGCGAGCCGAAGCAGGCAUGUAUUUUGCCUUUGAAAGGCUGAUGUCGAUGAUUGGUAUGUGA